AUGGAAGGAAAGAAAAACGCUUGCUGCCCAUUGAUCUCAAUUGUAUUGGGAUGCCUCUUUCUCUGCGCUGCUCAAGUUUCUGCAUAUGAGCUAAACAAAUUAGAUAAGCUAAGCCUCGGAGGUUCUCUUACGCCUGAACAAAAUACAUCUGUUUUGAUGUCUCCUUAUGACAUAUUCUCUGCCGGAUUUUAUGGAGUGGGUGAUAAUGCAUAUGCAUUUGCAAUAUGGUACACUCAUACUGUGAAUUUAACAGUUGUCUGGGCGGCAAACCGAGACCAGCUGGUGAACAGAAGCGAUUCCCGUCUUCAUCUGCAAAAUGACGGAAACCUGUAUCUGUCUAAUACAAAUGGAAGCACUGUAUGGGAAACUCACACGGGUAGCAACAGUUUCAAUGUAUCAGAGCUUCUUCUCCUGGAAACAGGAAACCUUGUUCUGCUGAAUUCUUCGGGAGGGAGUGUUUGGGAAAGUUUUGAUUAUCCAAUAGACACUCUUCUUCCCGAUCAGCCACUCGAAGGGAAUACACAAUUAGUCUCCAGGUUGGGGACAGGUUCCAUUUCCUCAGGGUACUAUUGUCUCUAUUCGGAUUACGACAACGUCCUUCGGCUAAGGUACCAAACCUCAUUUGCAGCCUCCAACUACUAG